CGCUAGAGCGGGCACGGGGCUGGCUUGACGACAUGACCAAGCACUGCGUGGCCGCUUCUCAUGGAAAAAAGCAUGCGGAACAUGAGGACGAGUCAAGCGCCCAGUUUUCGACGACGUCGCCGGUAUUUCUCGCGUUCCAGCGUGCCCAAGAUGGCGAGCACAUCGCGUCACAGGUCGUCGACUUCGUCUUGCAUGCUGUCGGCGCCACCAUUGACGAAGGUCGAAAGGCCGACAAUACGUUUGAAUUCACCUCGCUCAAGCUCGUGAACGGCCUCAUAUACAUGAUGAGCAUGGUCACGAUUGACCUGAGCACCAAAUUUAAAGACAACCCGGCAACGUACGAGGCUGGAUCCACCCCGACGCCUUGUGCGGCCGACAUUUGGUCCAAGCAGUACAUCCGAGCAAAGAAAAAGCGCAAGCCUCCGCUCGUUCGGGGGGUAUCGUAUUCGAGUUCGUUUGGGCUCGGAGUCGUGGCGGAAGAGGCCGGCAGCGAGUUCCAUCGGUCGUCGUAUCAACAGCGCUCCCCGACCAACAAACCAAACGGCGGCGGUCGCCGAAGUCCCGAGCGGUCGUUGCAGCCGCUGGCGACUCUUGUCGUCGAGACCGAAGUGACCAUGUCCAUUCGAGAUCUCGCGUUUCGAACUGUGAACGCCAGCGACGCGCCAUUGUCUCCGGACGACAUGGAACGUCGAGAGCUCAUUGAAAAGAUGCUGGAAGAUCGUGAACGAGACGAGAAGCUUCGGAUGCAAGCAGACGCCAAACGGAGUCGAUCUGCUGUUCGGCUUGUCAUCGAUCCUGUGGAUCCCGAUGCGAAGCCUUCGAGGAAGGGUAGUGUAGGCGAUGUCGCCCCCCCCUCUCCCGAAGGCAUUCCUUCCGUGGACGAUCCAUUCGUCGACGGCAACGAUAGGGGUGCGUCGGAGGUCAUCCUCGUAGAGGACUCCGAGAUGAUUGUCGGCGAAGCCAGCCACUUGGUGUCCCGACGGUCGAAACGCGACAUGUUCAAGCACAUCCCGAACGUCAUGUUUGAGCCAACGGUGACCCUGCCACCUCCAAGUGGUCGCAUCGACGACGCCGCGACCGUCGGCACAGCGCGACCGACCAACAAUUCUCGCGGCUCAUCCAGGAAGUCCAGUCGCGCCAAGUUGCCAAAGACACCCAGCGGCACCAAAACCGCUCGGACGCGCGCGUACUUUGCGGCAUUGCUGGCAACGGACGAGCCACUCUUUGUUGGAAGCAAUGACAGAGACGGCGGUCCUUGCUUUGGCGACGACACAAGUCCUGCCAAGGGCGUCGUCAUCACCCAUGGGCUCGUUGUCAAGUCGGGGGUACAGUGGGAAGGGAGGCAGCCGCCUUUCCACGGCCGAGGGAUGCCAAGAACUGUGUCGGAGCCAGUGCUUGACCCUAUCGAUCAAACCCCGCCGUCCGCUCAACUUCUCCGCCGGGCAUCCCUGCAACGACUACCACCUCCCCCACACAGUAUCAGACCGAACGACGCGGAAGCACCACCGACCACAGAGAGUUUACUGCCUUCGCCCCGAGUCCUCGCACUGGACCAUCACAUGGACCACCAUCGACACACCACGUCCAAGUCGAUGAGUUUGCGAAUACGAACGCCCGCGUGCCGAAAGCGGCGGUCGCGCAAGGUCGUGGACGACCUCGUCGUGGCCACCGACGACCACCAUGUAUCAGUGCCGUCGGUUGAAGACGAGCAGCAGGGCAACAACAGUUGCUCGGCCCAGCCCCCGCCAUCCGCCUCGACGUCUCCGCCGCGCGUGGUCCAGCGCCGCCCCAGCACCAACUCCGCGACGGUCAUCACGCCUCAAAAACUCGUUCGGUCCCCUGUAAGGCAAAUCCGUCUACCCCGAGUCAGCUCCAGAGGGGACGCACCCCUGGGCAGCGGUGGACGUGUCCUGUGCCACUCAGCAUUGACGCUGCCACUCCUUAAGCAGCAGCCCACGUUGUCGUAGUGAAAUGAAUGAAACAAGUCCGCCAAGCAUGCCCGCACAUCGUCGUUGAUAAUCUGUUUGAAGUUCAAUUGGUGGUGGGAGAGGAAUUUUGUACUCGUGGACCUACUCAUGUCCCUGUCGCCAACAGGAUGUGGCUUACGUCGUCAUUUCUUGCGCGUGCUUGGCGCAAAACCCAUUUCGCUGCGCCCAUUUCUUGCACUGGGCAAACUCGCACCGCUUGCCACCACCGUGGCCGCGACAAUACCCGCCGCUUUGGCAGCUCUUUGUGCACCCGUCAAAUUUGCAACGGACGCCGCCGCCGUGUUGCUUGCACAGCCCCCGAGACUGCGCCGUCUUGGUGCAUCCCUCCAUGCGGCACGGCUUGCCGCCGCCAUGGGCUAUGCAGAGAUGGCCGGUUUGGGCGCUCUUCAUGCAGCCGUCUACUUUGCAACGACGGCCGCCACCAUGAACUUUGCACAUGCCUUUGGUUCGCGCAAUGUUGUUGCAACCAAGAGACGUGCAAAACUUGGCGUACUGCGUGCUGUCGGCACUGCCAUUGGUAUGCUCUUGCUGGUACAGAUCGCGGGACGCUUGGGAGGCUGUAGGCGGGACAGCGCUGGGCUGGCCUGCGUAGCCGUAUCCGUACGCCACCGGCGGAGACGGCAGUUGGGACGACGACUGGUACAAUCCAUGGGAAGUAUAGUUGGAUGGGGGGUGCUGGGGCAUCUGGUGGGGGUGUGGAUGGCUCUGUUGCAAGAGCUGGUGACUUUGCAAUUCUUGCAAGUGCUGCUGGUGGUGGUUGGUGUAAUUGUACAUGUACUGGUUCGGAUGGGAAGUCGCCGCACCCAUCAUGUGGGAUGGUGGGGGCAGCGAGCUCCGGCCAUAGGCCAUGUCUGGAUUGCCAUACAUGUGGCUUGCUUGUUGGUGAUGUAAUCCUUGCUGUUGUGACUGCUGCUGUUGCUGGUGGUGCGGGAACACUUGCUGCUGUUGUUCGAACGACACGAUAUCCCGUCGAAGAUGCUGUGUCUGCUGUUGCACGUUUGCAGGCAAGCAAGUCGAGUCCAUGUGAUGGGUAGCGUUCAAGAAAUUGUAUUGGCCGCUGCUUCCGUGUUGCUGGAGGGCUCGUCCGGCUGACCCGUAUGCCGCGACGUUGGGCUGCGCACUUGACGGCGCAGCGGAGAUUCGGCCAAAUGGAUCGGUUGUAGCAUUUGCGGAUUUCCGAACAGCAGCCGUGUUCGUCGACGAAGCUGCGGGCGACUGGGCAAUGUUAUCGUCAAGCAAAUUGUCCAAGUUGUCGUCCACAGCCACAACUUGUUCGUCCUCGUCGUUGGCGUCUUCUUCGUACUUGGCAACGGCCGUCUCGAUGGUAUCCAAGCAGUUGGCGAGGGUCUGAAAGCGGAAGCUGUCCUGGGACGUCAUCGGCUUGUGGAUCGCUGUGUUGGAACACGAAUUGAGAAUGCUCUGAAUCACGUCGAAGCUCUUUUUACGGUCCAUCGUUGGACCAGGCGUGUGAAUGAACGAUCGAAACAAAUUUUGACCGCUCAGUUGCUUGAGUUCGUCCUCCGAGUAGUCUGCUCCGAGGUUGCGCAAGAGUUCGUUCACGUCCGUGCGGCUGAUGGCAGCGCCGCCUUGUUGCGUUUCCAGCAGUCCCAAUAGAGCACUGACGCUUGCUUUCUUCUCCAUGGUGGAGAAGCUUCCCGAACUCAACAGCCGUUUGAGCUUGGCGGCGCUGUCCUUGGCAUUGAAUUUGGAAUAAUUCGUGGUGGGAUUGCCCUCGGUCUUGGCACCUCCACUGGCUUGGGCGUUCGAUGGUCCUGCAUUGCAUCCACCAAAUUGAAACAUGGACUCCAAGCUUGCCCCGCGGUUGACAUCGUUGGUCAAGUUGGCGUCGUUGCCCGAAACCAACGAGCGAAGGGUCACCCAUGACUGCUUCCUCUCCAUGGGGAAAUCGGACGUAUCCACGCAGUCCAUCAUAUCUCGAAGAAGCUGGGGGUUCACAGAAGGGGCGUCGUGGUGAGUGUGCUGCAUGCCGUCGGUCCUCGGCGUCGUCGUCGUUGUCGACGCUGAAGCUGCGACAAGUGCGGUGGAUGAACGAAAA